GGGGAAGUUGGGAAGAAAAUAAAUCCAAUAAUUGAGAAUGUAAUUCUUGAACAGUGACAGUGAUAGCACAGUAUACAUAUUCAGCAUACCUAUUCUGUGGUGAUAGGCCUACGUACUCUGAGCGAUAAUAAAUUAAUGAUUAAUCAUACAUCGCAGUAAGAAUCUUCAAGCUGAACCUUUUAGCAGUGGUUUCGAUAAAAAUCUAUGCCCAAUCCAGAUGAUUCGAUCUACAAGCUCGACAUGCGCUAUCUACGAGGAUGAUUCACAACGUGCAAUUGAUGGCUCAACUGUUGGGACGCGCUAAGCCCUACAAAUUCACCACCAAUCUGCAGAACAAAAUCGUAUCCAACUGCGUCAGUGUGUACGACACAACGGUGACGAGAGAAAAUCUGGAGUAUUUACCUUGAGACAAUGGAAAUGUGGAGUAUGUACCUCGACGUGCUGAAUGACAAUCUUCAGUUCCCGUCACCUAAUUACAAGAGCAAGCUGAGUUGCGAAGCUUUCAGUGCCACUGAUGAAGCUAUCAAUCUGUCAUCUGGUGUGGGAGCCUUCAGGAGACGACGGCAAGAGUACUACAAGCUGGGAGACAGUGCGACUGCGCAGAUGGUGACUGAGAGACAAGGUUGUGGCCGCGACGCCACACCUCCAAGGAGCACACCUGCUGUAUGCGUGAGUGAUUACCUAUCGGCACACCAACAUGGUGCUACUGGAGUUUCAACUUGGAGCGUCAUGGGGCGGUGAUACUGCAGUGGAAGCCAUCUUUGAUCAGGACAAAGCGCUCCGACUGUGGAAGCUUAUAGGCUGCCAUACUGGCAGUUCAGCGACUCCGAUAAGGAUGAGUGACGAACCGCCUGCGGAGCUCUUUGGCUCCGACAGUCUGCCGGAGACUGAUGACGUCAUCAAGGGUGAUGAAACAAUGCAGUUCUCAACAUCCGAGGAAAGUUCUAAGAUGGUUAAUGCCGAUCUUCAGAAGGUAAUGGACUCAAUAUCGGUGUCAGCGGACGGCGUCGAUGUGGACGACGAGAAACUUUUAUCACAGUUUGUCGUGGGCAACCUGGGCGCCGAUGACCACCAUCACGGACCCACCACCGCUGAGGAGUCCUCCUCUUCCUCACUGGCCGACGAGAGAGCGCUGCUUGAAUCAGUGCUGGCACGCGCCGCCAAUAGUGACCAGGUGGCGACACUUGGUGACCAGGUGGCGACACUCGGUGGCCAGGUGGCGACACUCGGUGGCCAGGGGAGGACACUUGGUAGCCUUGUGGGGGCACUCAGUGGUCACGUGGCGUCGCCGGCUGCCGGCGAUGAGACACCGGAGGAGACGAUGCAGGUGGAGAGGUUGAUGGAGUCUAUACAUAGCGGCAGCAGUAAUGAUGAACCCAAGACACUGCAAGAUGAUGAUGACACAAUAUCAUCUACAACAAUCGCUGUCCCAACGACAACAACUUACCAAAGUUUGACGUCACUACAGGCGGCGGCCGACAUAUUUGGCGACGACGAAGACGACGAUGAUGACGUCAUCAAAGCAGCCGGGAUGCAGUCAUCAACUGCCGACGACAACGGAAGCCAGCAGACGGUGAUGACGGCACUGGUGGGUGGUGGGGGUGUGAUAACGGCAUCCGGUGGAGGGUAUGUGAUGACGUCAUCGUCAUCGGGUGGAGGCCAGCUGAUGACGUCAUCGGUGGUGAGAGAGGAGGAAGAGCUGACGUCAGUGGAGGAUGUGCUGUCGGCAUUGCAUUCGGAGCUGGAUGAGGAGGAGGAGAUCAAGAAGGUGGAGGAGAAGUCCAAGUGGAAAUUGAAAGUGGAACAACAGCGGCAGCAGCAGGCACAAGUCACAAAGCCGGCUAAACCAUCCUCAGACGGCGCCAGCGGUCCGAUGUACAAGUGCUUUGUGAGCGGCUGCAAGUCGACUACUAGCUCUGCAGCGGGGAGCGGCGCAACUAGCGGUGGGAAGUCGGUGACUACUAGCGCUGGAGCUGGCAGUGGCGCAACUAGCGGUGGGAAGUCGGUGACUACUAGUGCUGGAGCGGGGAGCGGCGCAACUAGCGGUGGUGAGAUGCGGUUCUUCAAGCCGCCGCCGAAUCCGUUGAUAUUCAAGCGGUGGGCGCGCAACUUGUGCCAGGGAUCGCAACAGUUGGCAUAUACGGCGCUCAUCUGCGAACUGCAUUUUCGGCCGCAGGAUAUCAGGGAGGUAUUUGUUAACGGCAAAAAGAAUUGGGUAUUGACCGAGGGUGCCCUGCCCAAACCGUCUACAGCGUCGGCACUGGCAGCAGCGGCUGCACAAGCUGGCAACGCCGCUGCUGCGGCGAUGAACUCCAGGCCACCAGGUGGCAAACGACCGGUCGGCCGGCCGAGUGGCCUGUACAGGCAACAGCAGUUCGAGGCCCUCCAAGCCGCACAGGCCAGGGCUAACAAGCUGCAACGGGAGAAACUCAGUCAAGGACCCGCAGUGGUUAAAGACGAGAAGACAGACCAGAGGAAGACCUCGAGGAGUGGACGUGUUUGUGUGCGGACUUUGUCAUACGGUGUUCCACUUUGUCGAGCAAUUCCAAGAGACCGAGCCAGGGUGCAGUGCAGGGGCACCUCUACAUUCAAAGCUAGCUUGUCGGAGUCGAAACCUCACGUGUGGGCGUUCUUACUAUGGAAAAAUGCACAGACUAAAAUUCUAGGUGAGACAGAGAGCUCGUGGAAGCUGUAUCAGCGCUGGUGCAAGAUGACCGAUCAGCUGCGUGAGACGUGGAUUGCGGCGGGCAGAGACCUGCAGGCCAACAGCUGUGUCGUGCAGCAUCUCCAGUCAAUCAAGGUCUGUGGUCAAUGUUAA